GAGAAAGAGAGAGCUUUGCAGAAACAAAAAAAAAAAUGCAGAACUUUUGGUUCACCAUCUUCUUCUUCCUGCUAACAUGCGCACCACCGUCUUCUUUAUCCUACGCAUCCGCCGUAACUCUCAGCCGUCGUCUCCUUUACGACUACGAAUCACCUCUUCCUCUUCUUCUAUCUCCCAUUAGCCCUCCUUUCUUCCCUCUUGAAUCCUCUCCUCCUUCGCCUCCUCCACCUCUUCCUCCUACUCCUCCGACCACUUUCGCCGUCUUUCCAACUUUUCCGGCUAACAUCUCCGCCUUAGUCCUCCCUCGCUCCUCUAAACCACACCACACUUCACCUACACUUCUCCUCCCAGCUCUCUCCGCUGUGUUUGCCGUCGCUACAGUCAUAGGCUUGGCUUUGUUUCUCUACGGCCGGCACCAAGGGCAAAACCGUCAUUUCAAGAACUCUCAUUGUUCCAGUAGCAACACAAGCAGCUAUGGUGAUGAGCAGAGUCAUAUCACCACUAACUUCAACAUGGCUGCUACUACUUCUCCUUCAGAAGUUUUCUACAUCAAUACAGAGGAAUCUGACCAUAUUAGAACCGGAGGAACUUGUUUCUUGAAGCAAGACUCGCCGGAGAUACGACCAUUACCACCAUUACCUCCUCGUAGCUUCCACCACAACAACUAUGAAACAGAGGUAAACGAAGAAGACGAAGAAGAAGAAGAAGAUGUGUUCUUUUCACCUAUGGCUUCUUUACCUGGCUCAGAGAACUCAAGCCCAUCUCAUUCAUGCUCUUCGUCCUGCUCCGGUUGGGUUUCUCCAGCUAGGUCAUUCUCCAUCACCAUGUCUCCACCAAACCCUAGAUACUCAGACGCCACUAACCUUCAGUCUCCGUCACCGGAGAGACUAAGAGUAAGAAAGAACUACAACGGAAAUGGGUCGUCGUCUUUAAGAAUGUUUAGCUUUUGGAAUCAAAAUAUGGGAUUUGGGUUUCCUCGUAUCUCCUCUGCUUCUACUUCACCAGACAGAGGAUUCAUAAGAACACCACUUUCGUCUCUCUACUCUUCAGUUUCUACUUCUCCUGAUGGGUUAUUCCGGAAGUUUCUCGAUAGUUCGCCGCCGAUUUGGAAUGACUUUAGUCGGAAUGUGAAGUCUGUUUUGCUCUCUCAUACUGUGUCAUCAAGAAGAGAUUUUGUUAUCAACAUUGGUGAAUCUUCUUCUCAACAGAGCAAAGUUCCUGCUCUUCCUCCUCCGACCAGACCACCUCCUCUUGUUCCACCGUCUCAACCCUUUAUGGUUCAAAAUGAAGUAAAAAAGCUAUCUUUUUCCGACCAACCUCCCAAACAGCUGCCUUGGGAACGACUUAGAUCUAGCUCUUUCAAAUUGAGCAAAGAGAUGGUAGAGACUAUGUUCAUUGCAAACUCGUCAAAUCCAAGAGAUGUUCCGAUUCUAAGUCAAGAAAGCAAAGUUUUAGAUCCAAGAAAGGCUCAGAAUAUUGCUACUUUGCUUCAACUACUUAACUUAAGCACUAAGGAUGUUUGUCAAGCUCUUCUUGAUGGUGACUGUGAUGUACUUGGAGCUGAACUUCUUGAGUGUUUAUCAAGAUUGGCACCUAGUAAAGAAGAAGAGAGGAAGUUGAAGAGCUUUAGUGAUGAUUCAGAGAUUGGUCCAGCUGAGAGGUUUCUUAAGGAAUUGCUUCAUGUGCCUUUUGCGUUUAAGCGGGUUGAUGCAUUGCUCUUUGUGGCUAAUUUCCAGACCGAGAUCAAACGUCUCAGAAAAUCCUUCAGUGUUGUUCAGACUGCUUGUGAAGAACUAAGGAAUAGUAGAAUGUUUUCGAUACUUCUGGAAGCUAUACUGCAGACAGGAAACAAGAUGAGUGUUAGAACAAACCGAUGCGGUGAUGCUCAUGCUUCCAAACUCGACAUGCUCCUCAAGCUCGUUGAGGUCAAGGGAUUAGAUGGAAGAAGCAGUCUCUUGCAUUUCGUUGUUCAGGAAAUGAUAAAAUCAGAAGGCAGUAUGAGAGCUUUAGAAGGCAUCAGAAACCUGAAUUCAGAACUGAGCAAUGUCAAGAAAUCGGCAGACAUUGAGUAUGGUGUACUAAGAAGCGAUGUCUGGAAGCUUUGUCAAGGGCUCAAGAACAUCGAAGAGCUUUUGCUACUUAGCGAAGAGAGUGGUUCAAAUGGAGAUCAAUGGCUGACGUUCAGGGAGAGAAUGGCCCGAUUCUUGAAAGCCGCUGCAGAGGAGAUUGUGAAGAUUAAAAUACGAGAAAGUUCAACGCUCUCUGCAUUGGAAGAGGUCACAGAGCAGUUCCACGGAGAUUCUAACAAGGAAGGUCACACAAUGAGGAUCUUCAUGAUUGUGAGAGACUUCCUGUCUGUGCUAGACCAAGUGUGUAAGGAAAUGGGAGACUGAUUCCCAUUGUAAGAUUUUUAAUGUAAUGAUUAGGAACGUAUCUCUAGUUUCAGUAUCUUGUAACCGGUAUGACUAACGCCUAUCUGGAUAAUUCUGUAUGAGUUUUUGGAAGACAAUUCAUUAGGUUUUGAUGCUAUAACUUAGAUUCUAGUUUUGAUGCUUUAACAUGUUUCCCUUAAGACAUGCACAAAUCAAUGAGUUGCAAAAGU